UUUACUAAAAUGGCAACUCACCGGGGCGAUGCUGCCAAGUCGAACCUAGAGUUCAUGAAGGUUAAGAAAAUUCAGUUUGGUAUCCUCAGACCAAGAGAAGUGCAAGCCUUAUCUGUUGUUGAGAUUAAGAAUGAACGGAUUUAUGAUGACAAUGGACUUCCAAACCAUGGAGGAAUAAAUGAUACAAGGAUGGGUACCACAGAUAAAGGAAUCCUGUGAGGAACCUGUCAAGGAGAUUCCAAAGAGUGUCCAGGGCAUUUCGGACAUAUUCAACUUGCUCAGCCUGUGUUCCAUAUUGGAUACAUUGACUUGGUUAAGAAAAUCUUGAAGUGCGUCUGCUACAACUGCUAUAAGCUACUUAUCAGACCGACUCAUGAGAAGUACAACGCACUGAAAAAGAUCAAAGAUCCCAAGCUCAAGCUUGCCAAAGUCUACAAAGUUUGUAAAGAUAUUAAAACUUGUGGAAAGCCAGAUAAAGCCAAGGAGAACUUCAUUGAUGGAUGUGGUCAGAAACAACCCAGACUCAGAAAGAGAGCACUGACUUUGAGAGCAGAAUUCCCAUUUGAUGAAGAAGAGACAGGCGAUGAUAAGAAAGAUCUCACUCCAGGAGACUGUUUGAAGAUUCUUGGUAUGAUCUCAGAGUUUGAUGCUAACUUUAUGGGAUUUGAUGGAUAUACUUCCAAGCCAGAAUGGUUGAUCAUCACCAAACUCCCAGUCGCUCCUCCACCAGUAAGACCUUCAGUUACUAUGGGAAGUAGCAUGAAGCAAGAAGAUGACCUGACUCAUCAGUACCUCCAAAUUUUGAAGGCAAAUAAUCAGUUGAAGACAAAUCUGAAUACUGCUAAUCAUAUUAUCAGUGAAAACGCCCAGCUUUUGCAGUUCUAUUGUGCUACUUUGAUUGAUAAUGAACAAGCAGGAAACAUGGUUUCUAGACAUAAAUCAGGAAAGGCAAUCAAAGCCAUCAGGUCCAGGCUUAAGGGUAAGGAAGGAAGACUCAGAGGAAACUUGAUGGGUAAAAGAGUCGACUUCUCUGCUAGAACAGUUAUUACUUGUGACCCCACUCUCGAUCUUGAUCAAUUAGGAGUCCCGAGAAGUAUUGCAGAGAAUAUCACUAUUCCUGAAGUUGUUACUCAUCAAAACUUUGAGCAACUCAAGAAGUUAGUAAGGAAUGGACCCUCAAAUUGGCCAGGAGCAAAAUACAUUAUCGGAGAUGGAGGAAAGAUGGUCGACCUCUCAUAUGCAAGAACUACUGAAGCAUUCCUUGAUUUUGGAUAUGUUGUUGAGAGGCACUUAAGUGAUGGAGAUUUUGUCCUCUUCAAUAGACAGCCUUCACUCCAUAAGAUGAGUAUCAUGGGUCAUAGAGUGAAGGUUCUUCCAUACUCAACUUUCAGGUUAAAUUUAUCUGUCACAGGGCCCUACAAUGCAGAUUUUGAUGGAGAUGAGAUGAACAUGUUUGUUCCUCAAAGUCUUGAAACAAAGGCAGAGGUCAAAGAAAUAAUGCAUAUCCCAAAGCAGAUCAUUUCCCCACAAUCCAAUAGUCCAGUCAUGGGAAUUGUGCAGGAUACUCUUGCAGGAAUAAUGAUGUUCACCUACAGAGAUACUUUCCUCGAACUCGACAUGGUAAUGCAGCUUCUGAUGUGGGUUGAAGAUUUUGAUGGGAAGAUUCCAGCUCCAGCUAUCCUUAAGCCUAAGCCUCUUUGGACUGGAAAGCAGAUCGUUUCCUUAAUUAUUCCUAAUAUCAACCUGACUAAAGACAGAGCUAGUCCAGGAGACAAAGAAGAUCCAUGGAGCAACCUGAAAGAUAACAGAAUUAUCAUCAAGAAGGGAGAACUGAUCUCUGGUAUUAUCUGUAAGAAAACUGUUGGAGAUAAAGCUGGAGGUAUCAUCCAUAUUGUCACCAAUGACCAAGGUCCUGAAGCUGCUAGAGACUUUCUAUCAAGAGCCCAGCGACUUAUCAAUAACUGGCUUCUUAACUUCGGUCAUACUGUAGGAGUCCAGGAUACUAUUGCUGAGAACAGAGUUUUAGAACAGAUUGCAGUGACUCUCUCUAAAGCCAAGGAAAAAGUAAAGUUGAAGCUAUUAAAGGCCCAAGAUGGAAGACUUAAGUGCCAGCCAGGUAAAGACAUGCUUGAGACCUUCGAGGCCAAAGUAAACAAGACUCUGAAUGAUGCCAGAAAUGAGGCAGGUAAAUUGGCCAGAAACAGUCUGGAUGUGUCAAACAAAAUCAUUCUCAUGGUGCUUGCUGGAAGUAAAGGAAAUGAUAAUAACAUCUCUCAGAUUAUGGCUUGUGUGGGACAGCAGAACGUAGAAGGUAAAAGAAUCCCAUUCGGGUUUGACAGAAGAACCCUCCCUCACUUCGGAAGAGAUGACUUUGGGCCAGAGAGUAGAGGUUUCGUUGAGAACUCAUACCUCAGAGGACUAACUCCUCAGGAAUUCUACUUCCAUGCAAUGGGAGGAAGAGAGGGUCUGAUCGAUACUGCUGUCAAAACUUCAGAGACAGGGUACAUUCAGAGAAGACUUGAGAAAGCCCUGGAAGAUGUCAUGGUUAAGUAUGAUGGAACUGUCAGAAAUUCCAUGGAACAUAUUAUCCAAUUCCUGUACGGUGAAGACGGUAUUGCUGGUGAAAAAUUAGAAGGACAGAAGCUCUACCUCCUUAAAAUGGAUGAUAAGAAGCUUGAGAAGCAAUGUCAUCUAAACGCGAUGAACAACCAAAAUGUGAAAGAUCAAAUCAAAGAGUUCAUGAUCCCUGAGAAUGCUAAUGAAGUGCUAAAAAAUCCUGAAAACGUUCAAGUUUCUCUCACCAACGAAUACAAAUCUAUUGUUUCUGAUAGAGAAAGACUCAGAAAAGAAAUUCUUGGUUUUGGAGAAGAUGAUAGCAUUUAUUUGCCUAUCAACAUUCAUAGACUCAUCACCAGGGCCAAGCAGAAGUUCGACAUUAAGCCUACCAAUAGGUCAGACUUGCAUCCAUUUUAUGUGAUCGACCAGCUGAAGGGGCUUCUUGAUACUAUGAAAGUUAUUACUGAGAAAGAGAGAAUUUCUAAAGAGAGUAAUGAUAAUGCAGUGAUCCUACUAAAAAUUGCUCUCAGAUUCCACCUUUGUUCUAAAAAGAUGAUUCUUGAUGAGAAACUCUCAAAAGAGAGUUUUGAUUGGCUACUUGGAGAAAUCAAGAACAAGUUCUGUACAUCCCUUGCACAUCCUGGAGAAAUGGUUGGAAGUAUUGCUGCACAGUCUAUGGGAGAGCCUGCUACGCAAAUGACCCUGAAUACUUUCCACUCUGCUGGUAUUUCUUCCAAAAAUGUAACACUUGGUGUGCCAAGGCUGAAGGAAAUCAUCAAUGUUGCUAAAAAGAUCAAGACUCCUUCCCUCACUAUCCACUUGAAGAGAGAGUACUCAACUGAUGCGAACAUUAUGAGAGAAGUCCAGUCAAGUAUUGAGCAUACUACUUUGGAGAAUGUCAUGAUGAGAAGUGAGAUCUACUAUGACCCCAAUCCUGAAGAAACUAUCAUCGAAGAGGAUGAAGACAUCAUCGACUUGUAUAAGAUCGCUCCUUCAAUGGAAGAGGACAUCCCUCUUCAAGAUCUCUCGCCUUGGCUCCUCAGAUUCAAACUUGACGAGGGAAAGAUCAUGGAAAGAAGACUUGAUAUUGAAGAAAUCAGAGAUAAGAUUCAUCACUACUAUCCAAGAAUGAUCAACAUUAUGCACACUGAUAUUAACUCUCAGAAUGUGAUCAUGAGAAUAAGAAUGAAGAAGUUUGACAGGGAUUCUGAAGAAGAGUUGCAGACUUUGAAAAAUCUUGAAGGGGAGUUGCUCAAAUCUAUGUCUCUCAAAGGGUUCCCUGAGAUCACCAAAGUGUAUGCUAAAACCAUCGAUUAUCCUUACUAUGAUGAAGACACAGGAGCUUUCAAGAGGACCAAGAAGGAGCACUGGAUGCUAGAAACUGAUGGAGUUGCCCUUGCCAAGAUCAUGAAUGAGCAGUAUGUGGACUUCUCUAAGACCACCUCAAAUGAUAUUAAUGAGAUCUUUACUGUUCUUGGUAUUGAGGCUGUCAGAAAGAGUCUGCUGAUGGAACUGAGAGCUGUACUGAAUGCUUACUCCAUCUAUGUCAACUAUAGGCAUAUCUCUACACUGUGAGAUGUCAUGACUCAGAGAGGUAUGCUUACAUCCAUCACCAGGCACGGUAUUAACAGAAUUGAGACAGGUGCUUUAAGAAGGUGCUCAUUUGAGGAGACUGUGGAAAUUUUGCUAGAAGCCGCAGCUUAUGGUGAAGUUGAUUAUUUAAGAGGAGUCUCUGAAAACAUCAUCAUGGGUCAACUUGCACCAAUGGGAACCGGAUGUUUUGAUCUGAUGCUUGAUAAAGAAAUAUUGAAAAGUGAAGCAAUUAUUCAAGCUAAGGAUAUUAAGGUUGAUGUGAAUUCAGAUUUCUUCACAGCUGGAGAAAUUGAUGAUGAGCCUAUGAAUACUCCACACCCUGUAUACACUCCAAGCCAAACUGAUAUGAUGACUGGAAACACAUCAGAGUAUAAUCCAAACCUAUCUGUUUGGGGAGGAGAUGCUCAGUUUACCCCUGUUCAGGGAGAAGAUAAUUAUGCAAUCCAUUCUAAUCCUUCAAGUCCAGGAAAUUACAUCCAGACUCCAAACUACGAAGCGAGAAGUCCAGGAUACGAAGUAAGGAGCCCUAUCUAUAAUGGAGGCCAAGGAGAUGCCAGAGGAGGAAUGACUAAUAAUUACGCUAGCAUUGCUAGUCCAAAUUAUAGCUCGAUGAGUCCUUCUAUGAACCCUGCUGCAUUAUCUCCUAACUAUUCCCCUACUGCCAACAGAUAUACCCAUGCAAGCCCUCAGUACAGUCCAACUGCUCAAAAUUAUUCUGCCUCUCCAGGAUAUUCCCCGACUACUCCUAGUUACGGGAUGAAUAGCAAUGGUGGAAACACUUAUUCUUCGAAUUACCAGAGUCCUUUGACACCUAAGUAUAAUGGACCGCCUCCAGCUGCAGCUGCAAGUCCUCUAUACAAUCCGAUGACUCCACACUACCAGGAUCCUUCGAACCAGGUGAAGAAGGAGGUCAAGGAAGAGAAUAAGGAUGACUAUUAAA